AUGUCUGCAGGAUCAUCGAGUCACGUCGAAAAUGGCGAGCAUGACAUCCCAUCCGCUAUCAUACCAGUCGACGCCGAUGGCAAAGCCUUGCCAUUUCACGCCGGUCGACCCGUCGUGAGCGUGGAAGACGAGAAACACAUGAAGUGUCUUUCUUGGAAGCUAGAUCUCUGGAUCUUACCCUUGCUUACACUUGUGAUGCUCCUUGCAUCCAUGGACCGAUCUGACAUCGGGAAUGCCCAAACAGCCGGCAUGCAAGAGGCUAUUGGUGCAAGCGGCCACCAGUGGGCUCAGGUCGUCUCACUCUUCUACUUGGGAUAUGUGCUCUCCCAAUUUGUGUCUACAGUUCAACUCCGACAGAUUGGCCCCCAGUUAACAAUUGGAGGCGGAGUCGUAUUUUGGGGGGUCAUGACAAUGCUCUUGGCCGUGGUCAAGAACUGGUCUGGUGGUGUUGCUGUUCGCGUUUUCAUCGGCUUCGGCGAGGGUUAUGUUCACGCGGCGUCGCUCUAUCUUACCAUGUGGUAUGGCCCAGAGGAAUUAGCCACUCGCGCAGCCAUCUACUUCAGCACAUCAACUCUAGCGGGCGCCUUUAACGGAUUGAUCGCAUAUGGCAUCAUCAAGGGCAUUGGCAACACCCCACCUUAUCAGGCCUGGCAAUGGAUUGUCCUGAUUGAAGGCACUAUCACCACUGCUGCUGGAAUCAUGGUUGGCCUGCUACUGCCAAACGUACCAGAGCGUGUUAGAUGGGGCUUCUCAUCGGAGGAAAAACGCCUUCUCAUUAUUCGAACUUGGCGAGCAAACAAUACUCCCGGUGCAAAGUUUAGGUGGAACCAGAUGAGUGUCGCUUUUAAAGAUCCCGGACUGUACGCAUACCUUGUCAUGUUCAUGGCCUGUCAAAUUGGGGUGGCAUGUUUGGCCAGCUUCCUACCGGCUGUCGUUCACGACCUUGGAUACAGCUCUGUCAGAGCCCAAUUAAUGACAGUACCCAUUUACGCCUGUGGCUUUGUGGGCACUAUAUUGUUAGGCUAUCUCUCAGACAAGUUCAACAGACGAGGCAUUUGCGUUCUCUCGGCGACCAUUGUCUCUCUGGUUGGCUACGGCCUGCUAGCGGGCUUUCGAGAGAGGGUUGCGCCUCGUUAUGCUGCCUUGUGCCUCAUUGCAACCGCACAAUAUGCAAAUACAAACUUGAUCCUCAGCUGGGUUGCCUUCAACACACGACAGUGGACUCACCGUGCGACAGCUGGCGCAGCCGUCACCAUGUUUGGCCAGGCGGCUGCAUUGGGAGGACUACAGGGCUUUGACACGAAACCACCUUAUGUGAAAGGCAAUAUUAUCGUCAUGAUUUGUGUGGUGAUGAUUGUACCAGCUUGUAUUUUCAACAUGUGGUACUACACUAGGCAAAACAAACGUAAGGAUGCACUGAUGAACCAUCCCGAGACGGAGAUCCAAAGACAGAGCACCUUUGAGGAAAUCGGUAAUGCUCAUCCGGACUUCCGUUACACGAUCUGA